AUGGCUGCUGAGGCUUCCACCAACGGAGAUAGCCAGACCCCGGCCCAGAAGCUGGAGGCCCGUCUGGCCCAGGAGGAAUCCCACCGCCCGACCGUUGAGGACGUCCCCGAUGAGGAUGACCUCGCUCAUCCUGCGCCCUCUGUCGCUCCCUCUGAGAAGGGCAAGCAGAAGGCCCAGGAUGUUGAGACUCCCAAGAAGUCGCCCGCCAACCCGCCCAUAAACAUUGCUUCUGAGGAGAUGUUCCCGGGCUUGGGCGCUCCCAAGGCUCACACUCCCGCUGCCGUGUCUUCUGCUUGGGGCCGCAAGCCUGCCUCGGUCAGCGCCAACGGUGUCAAUGGCGCCGCUGCUAGCAAUGGUACCUCGCGCGCGUCCACCCCCGCCUCUGGGAUUGCGACUCCUACCACGCCUUCGGUUCGCGGCCCGGGCCCUCAGACCAUGACUUUGCCCGGCCGUUAUGUCGAGUCCAUCUCGCUCGCCCCCUCUCAAAUGAUCCCGCGCCAGCUGCAGAAGAAGCCCAUGGCCGACGUCAUCCGCGACAUCAACAGGAGGUCCAAGGCCAAGGUUGAGAUGAAGCCCGGUAACAUGGGCAACAUUGUCUUCCAGGGCACUGGUCCCGUUGAUGCUGUCCGCUCUGCUCUGAGGGAGGUUGCCAAGGAGCUUGGUUCCAAGCAAACCACCAAGGUCACCAUCCCCGCCUCGAUACGCGCUCACGUCAUUGGCCGCCAGGGUGCCACCAUCCAGGGUAUUAGCAAGCGCACCGGCGCCCGCAUACAGGUUCCCAAGCAGGAGGAGACUGGUUCUUUCGAGGAGGACGACAGCGCGACCAUUGACGUUGUCAUUGAGGGUGACACCGUCGCUGCGGCUCUGGCCAAGCAGGAGAUCGAGCGUAUCGUCGAUGAGCGCACGUCUACCGUCAACCUCCGCCUCAAGGAUAUUCCCGCCGAGUACUACCCCUUCUUGGCCGGCCCGCACAACUCGCGCAUCGAUUCGUACGAGGGCGGUCGCGAUGUCCGCGUCCAGAUUCCGCACUACACGACCUGGGCCGAGCAGGCUCCCCCGCAGCCUACUCCUGCCGGCCAGCCCGUGCCGUUCGCUCCCCAGGCCGCUUACCCGAUUUCCAUCUCUGGUGACCGCGCCGCUGCCAACGAAGCUCGUGCUGAGAUCGAGCGCCAGGUCGAGGAACUCCGUCGUCAGCUCUCUAUCAACCAGAUGCCCAUUGAGCGUGGCAGGCAUCAGUUCAUUAUUGGCGAGCGCGGCGGUUCUCUCCACGACUUCCUCGCUGAGACCGGAUGUGCCGUCAUUCUGCCUCCGAGCCACGAUGACACCGAAAUGCUCACCAUUGUCGGUCCUGCUGAUAAGCUUGAGAGCGGUAUCAACAAGGUUAUGGACCUGGCUACUUCCAUGCAGAGCACGAACGUCGAUAUCGCCCGUCAACACGCUAACUCGCAAGCCCACGCUCGCGAUCUUACCCGCUACCUGAGACAGCGCCAGGCUAUUGCUGAGCUUGAGCGUAUGCACGAUGCCAGCAUUGUGCUCCCCACCUCGCAGGAUGGCCCUACCGCAUGGGAGAUUUACUCGCGCGACGCUAAGAACGGCAUGAAGGCCCGUAUGGAUAUCAUGAACUUGAUCAGCAGCCACCCGCCGAGCAGGUUCAGCAACGUGAACGUCGACCCCUUCUACCACCAGCAUCUGCGCCAGCGCGCUGCUCAGAACCUGAGGAAGGACCAGGGCGUGCACCUGCUUUUCCCCGAGGGUGCCGAGUCGCCUCAUCUUGUCCUUGUGUACGAGGGCCCCAGCUCUCCCUCCGAGUACCAGUUCCCUCGUGGUCAGCCCUCUGCGCAGGACGUCCAGGCGUUCCAGCGUGCUCUGCAAGAGGCUCAGAAGCAGCUCCUUUCCCUCAUCAACUCCGAGGAGCAGAUUGUCGGCCGUGAUGUUGAGGCUCCGCAGAACUCGUAUAGGUUCCACGACAAGAUUCGCCGCUACGUCGACCGCGAGCAACAGGGUCUUCCCCAGGACCAGAUUCCCCUGCAAGUGCUUUUCGGUGAUGCCAGGCCCCAGGCUUCCCGUGCCAACAGGGACAAUGUUUACAUCCGUGGACCUAACAAGAACGUUGACGAGCUUGCCCAGAAGAUCCUGGAGUUCAUUGAGCAGGAGAAGAAGGAUGAGCUCGAGCGUGGUUACACCAUCACCUUCGACUACCCUCAGAAGUUUGCCAACAUUCUGAUUGGCAAGCGUGGCGAGAACAUCAAGAAGCUUCGCGACGAGUUUGACGUCGACAUCCAGGUCCAGGAUGGCAAGGUCGAGAUCAAGGGUCCCCAGGCCAAGGCUCACGCUGCCAAGGCUCACAUCAUCGCUCUUGGCAAGAAGCUUGAGGACGAAGCUACUUACGUCCUCAAGAUAAAGCCCCAGUACCACCGUGAUCUCAUCGGUGGCAAGGGUAACCAGGUCAACCGUCUUCAGGACCGCUACAACGUCCGAAUCAACUUCCCUCGCUCUGCUGCCGCCGCCGCCGACGAUGCCGACGCUGGUACUGAGGCUUCGCACCACAACCGUCGUCAAGCUGCCGAUGAGGUCAUCAUCAGGGGUCCCAAGAGGGGUGCUGAUGCCGCCCGUGACGAGCUUCUCGAGCUGUACCAGUAUACGAUUGACAACUCUCACACCGCUACCGUUUCCGUUGCCCAAAGCCAGAUUCCUUCCCUUAUUGGUGCUGGCGGUCGCGAGAUGGAUGCUCUGCGUGCCAGCACUGGUGCUCAGAUCGACGUUCCUAACGCUCGUGAAGUCGCCGAUGCCUCGGGACGCGCUGACAUCAAGAUCAAGGGUACCAAGAAGCAGGUCGAGGAUGCUAAGAAGCUCCUUGAGCAGAAGGCCAAGACAUUCGACGAAACUGUGGUGCGCACGAUCGAGGUUGACAAGAAGCACCACAAGGCUCUGAUUGGUGCUGGCGGUGCCAACAUCCGCGACAUCGUCAUCAACGCUGGUGGCCCCGAUGACCGCCGUGAGCUUGCCCGCAUGGUUCGCUUCCCCCGUGCCGAGUCUGAGGAGAACACGAUCCGCGUCGAGGGCAACGCUGCUGUCGUUGACAAGAUCGUCGCUGCUAUCGAAGGCCUCGUCAGCACGCGCGACAGCCAGGUCACCGAGUUCAUCGAGGUUGCUCCUGAGAAGCACCGUAUGCUCAUCGGCCGUGGCGGUGAGACUCGUCGCAACUUGGAGUCCCAGUUCAAGGUUACCGUCGAUGUUCCCAAGCAGACUGCCACUGGUGCUGCUCGCAGCCAGGUCAAGAUCGUCGGUCAGCCUCAGGAUGUCGAGAAGGCCAAGGAGCACAUCGCCAGCAUGAUCAAGGAGCAGGAGGGCGAGACCGUCCAGGUCCCCAGGCGUCUCCACCACGCUGUUUCCGACAACGGCCAGUUCUUCCGCCGCCUCCGUAACGACCUCCGCGUCACUGUCGACCACGCCGGCCAGCAGCCCCCGCCCAAGCCCACGACCGCCGGCGCCAGCAACAUCCGCGCCAACGCCGGCAGCAACGCGCCCCUUAUCACCGACGACCCGUCGUCGACCAAGGACGCGCACGCCUGGGACAUCGUCGACAACCUGCCUGCCUCGGACGACAGUGAGGACGGCAACAUCCCGUGGAUCCUCCGCUCGAGCAACCCCGAGAACGUCGCCAAGGCGAAGGCCCUGCUGGAGAAGGCCAUGGAAGAGAAGAGCAAGCCGUCGUGCACCGGUUACCUCAUCCUCCCCGACCCCAAGCUCUACAGGUACGUCGUCGGUCCUGGUGGUAGCCAGAUCAACAGCAUCCGCAAGAAGACGGGCACCAGGGUCCAGGUUCCACGCGGCGGCGAUGGCAACGAGGCGAUUGAGAUUGUCGGCUCGCGCGAGGGCGUCGAGCAGGCGAGGGACAUUAUUUUGGAGCUUGUUAAGGAUAAGAACUGA